AUGUUAUUGACGCAGAUAGUGUCAUCGGAUGAUAUCGUCCGAGCGAUUCAGUAUUUACUUAUCGGUGAUUCGUUUGAUGAACAGCGAAGGGCAAUCUUAAAGAAAUUGGAAACAGAUACAGUUGCUCUACAAGAUGUUGCUUCGUCGUUGAAUCUGCUGAUUUCCGACCUAGUGCAAUGGAAUUGGCCAGUUGAGGGCGUACGCGGUGUCUUCCAUCGAAAUUUAGCAGGAAAAUAUCGAUGUUUUCACGAAGAAGAUUAUCUAACAGCUAUCUUUUUACAGCAUAUAGGAGCAAAGUGGAGUUAUCAUUUCAAACGAGAACUGCGAAGUCUGUUUGAUGUGUUGAUCGAGGAUGCAAAAGCGAAUUGCUCUUCGACUUCAAUUCAAAACGAGCGUUUAGAUAUGCAACGCGCUGAAUACUGGAUGGGAACGUUGCCGGAUGAGGAGGACGACGUAAACAACAACGCUUCCGACAAGAACAGCGGCGUCGGAUUAAAAGAAAAACUGCUAAAUUUAAUGAAUGUCGAAAUUGAUUUGCACCAGACGUUACAUCCUCUAAUGCCAUUUACGGUCGUGUGCGCUGAUCUCGAAGACUUCGGACUAUUGAUUUCACACGAAAUUGUUCAUAAAUUUCUGCAACUGUGUGGUGUACCACAGGUUUGGCUCGAUUUUUUCGAUCGUUUCCUCAAACAACCAGUGUAUCAUAAACCACAUGAGCCAGUUCGUCAGCGUCAACGCGGUGUACCGAUUGCACAUUCUCUUUCGUACUUGUUUUCUGAACUAAUUUUGUUCGGCAUGGACUUGUACGUCUACCAAAAUACGGGCAUUUUCAACUAUCGCUUGCACGACGAUUUCUGGUUUUUCGAUUCACAGUCAUCAAAACUUCAACAGGCUUGGGCAUUGAUGAACGAAUAUGCAAACAUAACCGGACUCAAGUUCAAUAAGGAAAAGUGUGGUUCAGUUCAAGUUCUAUCCUCGAAUACAACGAAUCCCCCCAACGUGUCGGUCGUCGAUUCACCACUGCCUCAGAACUACGUGAAAUGGGGACUGCUCAGUCUACAAACAAAUGGUCAUUUCACUCCGGAUCCACGAGCAAUCACACCAUUCCUUGACGAAAUGAAAGAACGACUGAGCAGUGUGGCAACGAUUUUGGAAUGGAUCAACGUUUAUAAUAAAUAUGUAGCAUUUUUCAUGAGUAAUUUCGGCAAAUAUGCGAACCCUCUGGAAACAAGUCACGUCGAAGAGAUAGUUAAAAUAUUCCAAUACAUUCAUGAGUAUUUAUUUCUCGAAAACAACAACAAUGCAUUGACCGUGUUGACUAAUUUGAUCAAGCAACAAUUCCCGGAAUGCUUUCCUGGAGAAAUUAUCGAAGCCUGGUUUUAUUGGCCACUGAGCAAGGGUGGACUUGGGAUAAAAAAUGUCUGUCUUGAUCUUUGCAGUGCUUUCAGCCGAUCGCCAGACGAAACGAGAACUACUUUUACUAUAUUACUCGCAAAAGAUCAAGAAAUGUACAAUGACAGUGAUGAUGACGAUGACGGCGAUCAUGACCACGACGGUGAUGAUGACAAGGAAGAUGAUGAUGGUACAGAAACAUCCAUGACAUUCGAGAGUUACAUUGUAGAAUGUGAAACUGAUUUAGCGCACUGGAAAGAUGUUUACACCGAAUUGUUGGAAAUCAAAACUCCCACAUUACCUGUACUUACAAAAGUAUUGCAGGAACAUAUUUUAUCGUUCCAAGGUCAGACAACUCUGUUACCUGUUCAAGACCAACAAUAUGAAAACAAAUAUCCCCCACCAUUGCUUUCAUGGCAACAGCGAGAGAAAGAAUUAACAGAGGCUUACAAUGAAUGGUUAGUGUGCCAAUAUUGUAAACAGAUUGAAUCAACAUUUGGUCAGCUAGAUUUUAUCGCCAGCGACAAUGUACCAGUCGGUUUGAUUUCCAUGAUCGAAAAAGCAAAGAUCAAUUGGAACAAGCGAACAAAGUGA